AUGGGAUUAUCAACCUGGUUUGCAAAUUUCAACGUAGAUACUAGUCUUGGAAUUAUUCAAGAAUGUGCUGCUAAUGUUUCGGUUCCAUUGGGAUCAAUUCCUCAAACUUUAAACGGGCAACCUUAUGCCAUGGUAUUGAAUGAACCACUUGGACCUAUCUUAAGUAUAGCACCUUGGAAUGCACCUGUAAUAUUGUGCAUUCGUGCUAUUGCUGGGCCUGUAGCUGCUGGCUGUAGUGUUGUUUUAAAGACAUCAGAACAGUCACCACUCAUACAUUUUGAGUUGGCUAAACUUUUCAGUGACGCUGGUGUACCUGCAGGCUUAGUUAAUUCAAUCAACCACAGUUCGGAAACUGCUGCCAAAAUUACGGAAACUCUUGUUAGCUCGACUUACAUCAAAAAAAUAACUUUUACUGGAUCUUCACAAGUUGGAAAAAUUAUAGCUUCAAUGGCAGCAAAGAGUUUAAAGCCCAUUCUAUUAGAGCUAGGUGGAAAGUCUGCUGCAAUUGUGACUGAAUCAGCCAAUAUAGACGAAGCAGCCGAGAAAAUAUUAAACAGUGCGUUUGCUCAUAAUGGACAAAUUUGUAUGAGCACGGAAAGGGUAUACGUAGUCAAUGAGAUAUAUGAUAAGUUUAUGGAAGCAAUUUCAAAUUCUUUCAUUAAGUUUACUUCUACAAAAAUUUCUUUGCCCCAAAGAUCUACAAAACAGGCUGCUAAAAUUGAAUCUUUGUUAAGCAAUGCUUUAGAGGGUCAUGAAGAAGCCUUUUGUGGUAAAAUUUUAAGAAAUGAUGCUUACAUAGAACCAUUAAUCUUGAGAGAUGUUUCUGAAGGUAAGGAAAUUUACGACACUGAAACUUUUGGACCUGUAUUUUACAUCAACAAAGUGUCUAAUAUUAAUGAAGCAAUUCAAAAAGUCAAUAAAAGUAGAUAUGGACUUUCAACUGCCAUUUGGUGUAGCGAUAUUCUUACGGCUUUAGAAAUUUCCAGGAAUAUUGAUUCAGGAGCAAUCCACAUAAAUGGUAAUACUGUUCAUGAUGAGCCUACUCUUCCUCACGGAGGGGUAAAGGAAAGCGGAUAUGGAAGAUUCAAUAGUUUAUGGGGAUUAAGGGAAUUUCAAUAUACUAAAACAAUUACUAUGUCUAAAUGA